GAGACAGGUGGAAGUAUCACUCCCAAUCUGUGAGAAGUCAUUGUGAGCAGCAGCAGCUUCCACGCACCUCUCCAUACGAGACCGCAACACUUCACUACGCAUUAUGAAUACAAAUGAAACAAGUGAUCCUCCUUCAUACCUUGAACAAGGCAGUGGAGUGAAGGUGUACCAUGUCCACACCCCAUUCACCCAUGUUCCAUCAGAGUCUCAACAGGAACCUCAACCUACAAUCAUCAGCGACAAACACAGGUUCACAACCACAAAAGAAAUCUCUGGGUCUCAUCUCGAAGCUGAAAAGGGCAACAAAAAUUAUGCGAAAUACGAUGUGGGCUUGGGCCGUUCUCCCGGCAUGACAAACUGCCCUAAGUGCGAGAGACAGGUCGAAACUGUCGUGGACUACAAGGCAGGGACCUAUGCCUGGCUGAUGUGCUUACUCUUCAUCUGCUGCGGGUUGAUUCUGUUGUGCUGCCUGAUCCCGUUCUUUAUGAAUAGCUUCAAAGACGUUUAUCACUCAUGCCCCAACUGCCACAAGAUCCUGCACAUCGAGAAGAAGAAAUGCUGUGAAUGACAGGGAGGAGGACAAAAGGAAAAUUAGAAAAAUAACCUGCAAAUGUUGUCUUUAGCACCAAAAAAUAGCAGAAAUAGCAUCUUCCAUCACUGACAGAUAAAUAUAAAUAAACCUAUUUUUAUGGACGCUGUAAUUAACCAAAAUUUUUUUAAUAAUCUCCAUAUGAUUUCCAAUAAACUGAGAGCAAUUGUGCUUGCGGGGGAAACGGGUCAAAGAACACCACUUGCACUUUCAUAGUUUUUUAACUCUUACAUUGUCAAUAUUUACAUUUAGAAUGAAGGCCUUGUACAUAGACUAGUUUGAAUCCCCUGUCAGGGAGACAUGUUUAAAGCAAACCAGAGGAAAGCUGCCUCAUCCACAGUUUCUUUAUUUUUUGCACAAACACAUUUUUUGUUUCUUUUUCUGGUUCUAAGAAGGAAACACAACACAAAAAAUAAAUAAAAUGUGUGUAAUAUUUAUUGGAUGUCAGCCAGAAAGCUACUCUUUUGAGGAAUCUGAUGUUUUCUUCAUCACAAUGAAGAUCAACAUGAUUUAUUACUGUACAUUUGUUAACAGCUACCAGAAUACAUAGCAUUAAUAAUAACUUGAUGAACUACAGGGAGACAUGCAAUAAUAAGCAAACAAAAAACAUUUUAUUUGAAAAAAAAUGCUUUUUCUGUUUUAUCAAUCUGAAAAUAAAUAUGCAUUUUUUCUUUAUCUCAACAAUGUGUGAUAGAAACCUUGCAAAAUACUUUGAUCCUGCUAAGCAACUGAAGUUCCGUUAUUUGCAUUGAAUAAUUAUUUGAAAACAUUGUUGCUCCUAAGAAAUAUGAUUCUAAUAAAAACUCAUUUUCUGCUGUUUUUAAUGAUUUACCGUACAUGUGCCAACUUUGUUCCAACUAUUCAACAAAUGUUUGGAGGUUUAGGCCUGGAAUAAAUAUGUUGUAAUAAAUCCUACUCUAUAUGGAAAAAGUAUUAAAAUAUCCAAUUAGUGCUGCA